CGUCAUUCGUUGCACGGUUCGAGGUAGCCAGUUUCGCAUCCCCACUGUCCAGCUGACGAGCGAUCGUCGUCGUCGUCAUCGUCGUCGUCGCCGUCGUCGUAGUCGCCAGAGUGGGGUCGAAUUCGUGUGCGUCCUUAUAACGGUAUCGCGGGGAAAAAAAGAGGGCGGCCUUCACGGGCGCGACAUAACAAAAGGCAAAGGACGAGACAAACAACGGCCUCUCGCUCUCUCUCUCUCUCUUUCUUUCUCUCUCCGUCUCGCUCUCGAGCCUUCUCCCUCUACCUCGGUCACUACCUCCUCCUCCCUGGCUCGUUCUCAUUCUCGCUCGCUCGCUCGCUCGCAAACGUCGCAAAUCCGGGGUCUCGUAGGAAAUAACCCUCGUCUCGUCCGCGCGUGAGAAAAAGAAAGAGAUAGUACAAGUGCGUGCUACGUAAAUCUGGUACGCGUACAGACGGACGCGCGUGUGGGUGCCGUGAUUUCUCCCGUUGGGCCUGUCGCGCUGAUAGACAACGCGCGCAAGGUGCGGAAGAGGAAGGAGGUCGUCGUCGCCAUCGUCGCCGUCGUCACCACCGUCGUCCUCGCCGCCCUCGCUGUCGUCGCCGCUGUCGCUCCAGCCAUCGUCACCGCCGUCGUCGUCGUCGUCGCUGUCGCUCGCACGCGCGCACCUACACCUAUCGCAGAGGAAGAGAGAAAGAGCGCAAUCGGCCAUCAUCGUUCGCAGAAGCUAACGGGGAGCUCGUUCGUAAGGGAUGUCCACCCCCGCGAGGAGGAGAUUGAUGAGGGACUUCAAGAGAUUACAGGAGGAUCCUCCAACCGGAGUGUCAGGUGCUCCGACAGACAAUAACAUUAUGAUAUGGAAUGCAGUCAUAUUUGGACCACACGACACUCCAUUUGAAGAUGGCACAUUUAAACUUACAAUAGAAUUUACAGAAGAAUACCCAAACAAACCACCCACGGUGAGAUUUGUUAGUAAAAUGUUCCAUCCUAAUGUGUACGCGGAUGGUGGAAUAUGUCUGGAUAUACUUCAAAAUCGUUGGAGCCCUACUUAUGACGUCUCGGCCAUCUUAACGUCUAUACAGUCGCUUUUGGACGAACCGAAUCCUAAUUCACCAGCCAACUCUUUAGCGGCGCAAUUGUAUCAAGAGAACAAGCGGGAGUACGAGAAGCGAGUGGCCACUGUAGUCGAACAGUCUUGGCUGAAUUUCCAAGAGAGUCACACGGAGGACCCCCGCUGACAUUAAGUAUGCCACUAUUCACGACGCGUAAGAGGGAUCUCCGUCGCAGCUUCUCUGUCUAAUGUAAAAGUUGUCCCCGUAUUAUAUACAUAAUGGUAAUUCGGUCGACACGUUUCGUUGGAGCUGUAUAUGUAAUACCCUUCGAUAUUUCGUGGCGAACAUUCCGUGUGUUGAUUCACAGUCUGUAGAACGAGAGAAUUCACGACGAGAGGAAUUCAUACGGUUUUAAUUUUCUGUUGAAAAAAAAAGAAAUAAAAACAAAAUAAAAAGAAAAAGUAGGGAGCCGCGGAAUGACGUGAAAUCGCACUAUAAACUUAUGUGAUCUUUUACUUAUAAGUACAGUAUGUAUUGUCUUGCUCUUAUAACUAGCCAUUAGAUACCCCUCGCGCAAAAGAUAAAAGGAAUAUAAUGCCCGUACAAUGUUUCGCCAUACGUUAAUCCACGCAAGCAAAUCGACUUACUAUUUUACAAGUAUAGACGAGCUUGAAGAAUACAAUUGUGGUAGAAGAUAUGAAAGUCUGUGUAAGUCGCUUCUGGAAAGUCUACUUUCACCAUGUAACGGCGCAAAAUAUAAGAAAAUAGUGUGAUUAUUUCUCGUUUUCGACUUGGUAUUUACCAUUAGAAAGUCACGCUUGUAUUAGAUUGUAAAUGAAUGUCAUACUAAAUAGUAUCGAAUUAAUAAAUUUUGCAAGAAA